CUCGGACUGAGGGGUCUGCUCCAUGGGCAAGAAGCAGAGAGGCCACGGCGGCGCCCCCACCGCCCGCGCAAGCGUGCAUGAGGGCCGUGCGUCCUAGGCGAUCUGCGAUGUUGGGGUCCGCGCCUUGCUCCAGGAGAUUGGCUGGGAGAACUCACCAAUGGGGAGCUCUGGGAGGCGGACCUAGAACGCCACCAGCUUGAGGAAGACAGAGAAUUUCAAGUUGGCUGCGGCGUGUGCUCCGCGUGGGGGAGGGGCAGCAGGUCAUGCCAUUUUUGGAUAUUUGUCCUUCAAUCAAUAUCCAACAAAUAAAGCAAGAAAUCUAUGGCUCAAGAAAAUGCAUUCUACGUUUCCAUUGUAAAAGAGAGAGAGCUAUCCUAGUGGUAACAUUCUUGAUAAAGAAAACCAUCCCUUUUGUUUUCUGAUUAUAGAAGUAAUAUACAUGUAUUCAAGAAAAUUUGGAAAUCUAUAAAGGUUUUCCUCAUUGGAUCUCUGACUCCCCAGGCCCCCUCCACCAUGGCCAGCCGGGGCGGGGGCCGGGGUCGCGGCCGGGGCCAGCUGACCUUCAGCGUGGAGGCUGUGGGCAUUGGCAAGGGGGAUGCCUUGCCCCCACCCACCCUGCAGCCUUCUCCUCUCUUCCCUCCCUUGGAGUUCCGCCCAGUGCCUCUGCCCUCGGGAGAGGAAGGGGAAUAUGUCCUGGCACUGAAGCAGGAGCUACGAGGGGCCAUGAGGCAGCUCCCCUACUUCAUUCGGCCUGCUGUCCCCAAGAGAGAUGUGGAGCGUUACUCGGACAAAUAUCAGAUGUCAGGGCCAAUUGACAAUGCCAUCGACUGGAAUCCAGAUUGGCGACGUCUACCCCGAGAGCUAAAGAUCCGAGUAAGGAAGCUACAGAAGGAGCGGACCACCAUUCUACUCCCCAAGAGGCCCCCUAAGACCACAGAAGAUAAGGAGGACACAAUACAGAAACUAGAGACCCUGGAGAAGAAGGAGGAGGAAGUGACUUCAGAGGAAGAUGAGGAGAAAGAAGAAGAAGAAGAGAAGGAAGAGGAGGAGGAGGAGGAAUAUGACGAAGAGGAGCAUGAGGAGGAAACUGAUUACAUCAUGUCAUAUUUUGACAAUGGAGAGGACUUUGGGGGUGACAGUGAUGACAAUAUGGAUGAGGCUAUAUACUGAAGAAGGACUCUAAACAAUACCCUGGACCUUCAUAUCUUUUUAAAUUUAGGAUACAGAGAGUAAUUGUCCCCUAUAAUUUGGUUUUGUGGACAAGCAAACCAUUUGCUCACAGUCCAGAUAACCUGUUUGGUCCCUGGAGAUGGGAAUGGAGAAUGACAGCAGAUAGCUCUUUUCUACCCUUCCCCUCCCUCUCUCCUCUGACAUUGUAGUACCUCUGAUAUCCUGGGGAAAGGGCAAGGGACCAGUGUCUGAACUGUAUGCAAGGGAGAAAGGAGGGUUGAAAGAAGGACCAAAGUUGUUGAGUUUAGACAGCUGUGCACAUGCCCCUACCCAUUUUUUAAAGUUCUUUGUGGAGAUAAUGGUGUGGGAGCAGUUAGGAGGAGUAAGGACAGUUUUAUAUUUUUAAAUAAAAUGUUUUUAUCUGUCUCUCUGACCAGGUGAGGCUUAGUGGGAGAGGGCUGGAGAACGAAGGGGGUGCCCAGUGAGCCAUUCUUCUCUCCUUCCCUGCUAAGAGUCCAGGGUCACACAGUGGGGGUUACAGCCUUCGGGUCCUUUGCCCCUUCCCUGCUACCCACUGCUGGGACCCCCAGUCUAGCUCUGCAAGGACUGUUCAGGAACUCACCUGCAGGGCUUUGCAGGGUGAGUUGUAAAGAACAGCCCAUGCCCUAGAGACCAGCUGGCUUCUGAGCCUCUGAUCCUCAGGCAGUGGGGACACAAUUGUCUCUGUUCACAUGUGUUCACAGGCCCUCGCUUUCCCACACUUGACCUUGAUCCUGUCCUUGUUUACAAGGAAUGAUUAGAGCUAUUUUUGUGGGGAGAGUCAAGAAAGCCAGGUGCGGGGAGGGGGUAGGGAGGAGGUGCUGGUUCUUCUUUAGCUCGCUUGCUCACUCGCUCACCCUCUUCCAGGCCCUGGAGGCCCCACUUCGAUGUAUGUCUGUGAAGAGGGAGCCCCUGAACAUCCUAUUCUCUACACAAAAGCUGCUGUGUGACUGAGUUUCAGUUUCUCUUCUGGUUCUUCCUUUCUGGAAUUUAGUUAGCCUUUCUCUCACUCUCUUCUUGUGGGGAAGGGAAGGGGGUGGCCGUCUUGCUUUACAGGAAGUAAGGAGGGUGGGGAGGAAGGGAGUGACUUAGGGACACUCAGCUCUGAGAGGUGCUUUCUCGCCCACACAGUUCUCCCUGGGGUGAGGUCACUUCCCUUGGCUCUGAUUGGCUUCCAGGGGAGCCCUAAAUGAACUGAUUGGUUCCAGUCACUUGACAUGCAACAGUCACGGGCGAGCUGCGUGUCCAGAAUGGGGACUGGGUAAGGAGGCAGGCACAGAUCUCUGGGAUGCUGUCAUAGCGACCUCACUAAACAUUUGAAAGCCAUAAAGAUGGGAUGCAGGAGAAUCUUCAAGAAAUUCCCCAACCAUAUUCAGGCAGGCAAGCUGAAUUCCCUACAGCGUCAAGGGGUAGAGACGGGCCAUCUAAUGCUAGAUGUUUCUGACCCCAUUGUAAAGAAUGAGUAAGUGCUGUGACUCCAUUGAGGGGAAGCACCUGAAAAGCCUGGUUUGGGUGAGAUGGGAGGUGCUAAGACAGAAGCAGGCAAGAGAACAGAGAAGGAAACAGGAAUAGACAUAGAACAUUCCAGAGCUAUUGAGCAAUUUGUGCUGAUUGAUGUGUUUCCUUUUCUAGUUGUCUGAGGUAUGGUGUGAGUGGAGUAGGGGGAGGGGCCAGGGAACCUGCCACUGGGGUUUCCCAUAGUCACCCUGUAGUCUGUGAUUGUGGCUAGGAAGAAAUCAGCAAGAAACAAAAAUAAAAGACCCUGAAAAAUCUCCUUUUGCCUUUCUCCCCGGCACAUACACACAUACCAGACCUAAUCUGGUUAACUGUAUCUGUGUCUAUGCUGGGGGCACAGCUGACCUCCUAAAUCCCACCUAAGCCAGCAUGGGGAACUUACAAGAGUGGGAACAAAGAAGAUUCUAGACAAGAGACAGUAGAGGAGAACUGAACACAUCCCUGCCCCCACCUCUGUAUACACUCAUCCUUUUCCCAUGAAAUAGGGGAAAGGAUAAAGGUUAGAGUGACCACUUGGGAUCAACUGUGCUGCCUCAAAGACACAGUGUCAGAAAGAUUAGACCAUUCUUGGACUGUUUCCUAUCUGGCCUCCUGUCCCUCCUGGCAGGUGACCUUGCUGAACAAAGCCAGACGCAGGGGACCCAGCAGCUUGCCCAGAUUCCGGAGCAGUUCCAGGCGUGAGCUAGACUGUUUCCACUGACCUCUCCCCUACUUUCCAUAGGUUCCACUGGGCAGGCUGAGGCCAAAGCCUAUGGCUCAGUAAAUGGAGUCAGGACUCGGGAGGACCACCCGAGCAUUCAGAGGCUGAGGCCCUGCUCGCACACAUUUAGGGAGGACCCACGAGGUUCUGGCUCAGCCCUUUCCUACAUGCCUGCUAGGGCCUGCUCCUGUGGAACAGACUGUUCCCAUGCCUACAGCCUAGGCUGCUCUGGCCCCAGGCAGGGUAGGUUCUCAGGCAAGAGUCUUACCCUUCCCUAUCCCAUGUUCCACCCCUAACCUCCUGGUCCUCCCGCCCACCCCCCAACCUUGGAGGAGGAAGCUUGAGAUUGGAGUCUGCAAAUUUAAGUGUAGGGACUCAAGCAGUUGGAGGGAGGGCUGAAUGGGAGACCUGGAUGCAACCUGCAGCUUAGAAGGUUGAGAGUGGAGACCAAAGAAAACUGAAGGGUCAAAUGUUGGGUGGACAGGACACCCAUGGUUUUGUGCAGAAAAGACAAUUAUUUUCCUCAAUUCAUUUUUAUUGCUGUUUAAAUUUUGAAAGGAAGGAAGGGUGGCUUAUAGGCCUAGGCAGGUUUAAGAACUAAGCCAAGAGGGAAAGCUGCCAUCUCAGCUGAGCAGAGCACUGGCUUAUGGUCCCAGUUUCUCCAGUCCGCAGCUCUGUGCCCUUGGGAAAGUCAUGUCUCCAAGCCUUAGACUCCUCACGUGUGAAGGAGAAUUUGGGUUGGAUGUCCACUAGGAAUCCUUCCGCUGAUGCUGGUCCACCCGCAAGCAUCCAGAUGAUUCUGAGAACAAAGGUCAGGAUGUGUCCAGCUUUUGCUGAAUUCAUUCUGUCUGCUGGAUUUCCCCACCUUUUUUUCAGCUGGGCAAGCUAAAGAUACCUCAGGCAUCUAGCCAGUCCUUUCCAAGAACCUGCUUCAGCCAGAGUAGCAGGAGGAUCAACAAUUCCAUUAACCAGCAAAGAAGGAGACAGCCCUGCAGCAGAGUUCAAGGUCACUAUCAGCCAGCCAGGACUCAAGUCAAGCAGACCACCAAAAAAUUUCUGACCGAGGAAGGGGCCUGUAGGGCAGGUCCUCUCUGUCUCCCCGCAUGUAAUGUAUCUGGCCAGAGGACAGAGAAGGGAGAAGGGAAAUGAGCUGGAUAGGAAUAGCUCAGUUAGCUAAUUUGGCCAGACCAGAGGUGACCCCUUCACUGGCUUUUCCCCUAUACUGAGGCUCAUUUUUUUCCCCCAAGGUCAUCUGGGACCAGAAAGCUGAAAAUAAGUUCCAGUUUCUUAGUAUCCCCUCAGAAAGGUUUGUGCCCUAUCCCCAACAGGACUUAGUUUGCCGUUUUGUACUCUGGAGGGAAGGGAAGUUCUCCCUCCAGCUAUAAUGGGAGUCGGUGGGAAGACAGCAACCCAGCCCUGACUGCAGGAGCUGAGAGGCUAAGUGUGGUCGCCUUGGGGAGCCAAGGCUUCAGGGGAAGGAAUGCAGGGAUUCCUCAGACCCAGUCCCGACCAGGGCAGGGUGGGGGCUAUGUCCCCUAUCCAAUUCUGUCUCUAACGUUCUCUGUCACACUGAGGGCAGCAUUGACAGUACCAGAAUAGGAGGGAGGUUAGACCUGUCUCUGCCUUUUACCAAAAGAGGGUGGGGGAACAAACUCAUCUAAGUCGGGGACACAGAUUUGGGGUGUUUCUUGUCUUGGAGAGAACAGAUCGAAUCCCAUGUGGACAGAGAGAGAAGCCCCGGUCCUCGCCCUCCCUAUGCUCUGCUCUGGCCAGAGAUGCAGCCAUCCUGGAGAGGCAAUGCCCUCCUCUGAGGAGGCCAAGGUAACUCCUUCACCUUGUUUUUCUCAGGCCGCGGUUGGUAAAAGGAAGUGAAACAAAGAUGGGCUCAGCGAGAGAAAGGGCAACUGCUGGCCAGUCCGUUCUCAGCCCUGGGCUUCCUGUCUCUGAGCCUCUCUCCUGGCCGCUGGACGGUCUCUCCUGUCUGACCAUACUUGGCUGCUCUUGGCCCCUCACCUCUCUCUUACUUGGCUUGGCUCCUGUUUUGAGACUUGCCUUUCAUCCUGAGCCACCACCCUGACACCUGUCCAGAGAAAUCAGGGACGUCUACAGACGUCUCAGGAGCCGGACGGGGCCAGGUCAGGAGGGCUGAGAGCCAGGAAGACAGCUGCCAUUCACACUCAUUCUUCUUGUCUUUCAGAUUCUUUUCCUUUUUUGACUCUCUCUUCAUGUCUUUCUUUCCAUGUCUCUCCUUGCCUUACAUUUUUAGCAUAGUGCUACUUAAAUUAGGUUAUCAGUGGGUGAUGAAGUGAGAAAUAUUUGGAGCCACAGACUACGACACAGCACAUCUUCCAGAGUGCCAGUUGUAAGGAGGAGGGUGUAGCUCAGUGGUAGAGUGCAUGUUUCGUAUGCCCAGGGUCCUAGGUUCAAUCCCCAGGACCUCCAUUUAAAUAAAUAAAGUUAGUUAUCUCCCCCAACCCUGCAAAAAAAAAAAAAAAGGAAAUAAAAAAAGCUAAAGAGGCAGAGU